UACAGUUCAACUCCACUCCUCACUCUAAACUUCCCGCCACUGUUGCCCCAAUUAGCUCCGCAAAAUUGCGUCUCUGCUUGUUACCAGCUAUGGAAGAGAAAGGUUCAGCUGCUAGUAGAGUAUUUCUUCAGGAAAAGGAAGAUUCGAACCAGAGUUUUUCCGAAGUGGAAGAUAUGGACCAUGACGAAUGGAUGACAAAUGACAAUUGUUCCUUAGAAAACAAGGGAGGUUUAGGAGUCCUUUCCCAGCUUGAACUGCUCACAGAUGUCAAAAGACUUCAUCAUUCAACCGAUACAGUGAACUCUGAUCAGCUGCAGAGGCGGACAGGUUUAUGCGAAGAAGAUGACGUUGAAGUUCCUUUGUUUAAGAGUCAGGAUGGUAGCCUGAUCAACAAAAAUGAUCAGGAUGGUAGCUUCAUCAACAAAAAUGAUCAUUGGAAGGCGUUGUCCUGCUCCUUAGAUGAUGAAUUUUGUCACGUAACUAGAAUUACAUCCACUUGUAAUUCAGAAGAGGAAAUUAUGUCUGAUGAUGAGAUGAGGCCUUCUACUGAUGGAAAAUUCAAAAGAGAUGGUAAAAGUACAAUGCUUAAAGUAAGUGCAGAUUGCAAAUCAGGAGCUUUCUUCAAUAAAGAUGUUGGGUGUUCAUCGGUAUACGGGGCCUCAUCAAAAUUAAACAGAUCAUCUAAAGGAAGCCCGGGCAAAUCUAAGGCCAAACUUUUGUUCCAAUCCCGGCCACAGAAGAAAGACUAUGCUUUGGUUGUCCAUGAUAGUUGUGAAGCCUGCAUGCCCUUAUCUGUGCUUCCACUAAAUGCAGAAUUAGACAUGCAAAGAAAAAAUAUAGAGUCACUGGAUGACUUAUUGGAGAAUUAUGGUGGAAAUGAAGUACAACAGUUCGAGGAGAAUUUGGUCUCAUCUGAAGUAGCAGUUGUACAUGAUCCAAAUGAGCAUUCCAUGGCUGAGGUUCUGGAUCACUUUCAGCAUACAAGUUCCUCACGAGGCAAUCCUAAAAUGCUGCAAACAAAAAGACCUGGAUCACGGUUCUUACGGAAGAGAAACUUGUUGCUGCUUGGUGACAGAAACAUGAGCAAUGGCGAUCAACCUGAGGAACUAGAUAGUGAUCCAUCUAGUGAUGAGGAUGAAGUUCCCCAGAUUCUGAAGUCUGCUAUACCUCAGAGGACCAUGGCUGACCAAUUUCAUCUAGCGUUAGGAGCUGUAUCCACAAAUGAGAGGCUAUGUAUUGCAAGGCCUAAGCAAUUCGGGUUAUCUGGAAGGUUGCAGCACGUGAUGCAAUGUGAAAAGGACAAAGAUACAUAUUUUUUGGAGAAGUCACAAACACAUGCUGCUACAAGUGGUGCAGAAAGCUUCAUUGAUGUGAGAAUUUUGUCAAGUUCUUUGGAGGCCAAGCUGACUGUUUGUUUUUGUGCUUUACAUGGAGAUGAAGAGGGUUCUGAGUGCCUGAGCAAUCCUCGAGAAAGGAAGGGUACUGGCAGAAGGAAGUUUAUUAUCAUUUUUAACUCAAGAAUUUGUAAAGAUGUCGAACUUACAAUAGGGAAUGUUAUCCGCAUACAUCAACCUUGGAAGGAGGUACAUGUGAACGAGAAAGACGAGGCCAUCAUUUUGUGUGCAUAUUUCUCUCAGAUUUAGUCUUUGGAUCACAUUUUAUACCAAGGUAAUAGCAAGGUUCCUUGAGAUAACUCUAUUGUUGUACUUUGCACUUGCCCUAUAUUUUCUAAAUAGAUAAAAAUAUAGAAGUCUAAUUUAUCCAUUUUCGCCAUAAAUAUUACUCAUGACUACUGCAAAAUGUAUGAAUGCCUUAAAACAAAUUGGUAUGCAUCUGCAGGUUUCCUGGUACAUCCCCAUGAUGUAUCCAAGAUCCUAUAAAGGAAUUUUUAUAUUUAGGAAAGAAUAGAUAUGGAAUGUAAUUAACUCUAAACACCGUAGGAUUUAUGUAAUUUUUACAGAAAAAAUAAAAAUAAUUCUGAGUGUUGAAGUUUACACCUCCCAUAGUUUGAAGUAGUCAAUCUGUACUAUCCAGCCUGUUUGUUCAACUUUAAAAUGCACUUAACAAAUUGGUUUAGUCAACAUAUAAGGAUAGUUGUGAGGUCAUUAGUUACCUAAUUAGAUUAGUAAAUUGUUCUUUCUCCAUCUUAUAAUCAUGGUAUUACUUAGCCUCUAAUCUUAAAGCAUUUAAAAAAGGUUUGCUUAGGAUCCAAGACUUUUUGGAUAUAUUGAUUUUUUUAAGAAUGAAAUCAAGAAAUUUUUACCCUACAUAUACCCCUCCAUAUAACUUCAUUUCAUCAACUUGGAGCAAUCUAUCAUAAUCCUAAUUUAUUAUUCUUGAAAUAAUGGCAAUAAAAGUCCAUGGUAUCCCCUUGUCAACUGCAACCAUGAGAGUUAUUUCUUGCCUUAUUGAGAAGGAUUUGGAUUUUGAGUUUGUCUUUGUUGAUAUGGCCAAAGAAGAACACAAGAGGCACCCUUUCCUUUCACUCAAUGUAAGCAUAAUUAAUUACUUUGUAUAACAACAUAAAUAUUUAAGAAUUGUUUUAGAUCAUAAAAUCCAAAAGUAUUUUUUUCUUAAACAUCGUGUCAAGUCAAAUGGUGCUACAUAAAUGGAAAGGUUGAAGUACAUUAUUAGCAUGUUUGAUCAAGUUUUGGAGAAGCUAAAAGUAUUCAUUUUUUUAAAAAUGUUUAUUUUAGAAAUUUGAGGUGUUUUAGUGUUUUUUAGUAAUAGCAAAAACUGAAAAAAAUAUUGUUUUUUUCUAAAAACACUUUUGAAACUUUGGUCAAACACAAAUUGUUGUGGUGACAAAACAUUUUCCAAAUUGAUGGCAAAUUCUAAUUGUCAUCAUCCAAAAUACUUUUUCGAGUAACACUUUUACCAAAUACAAUACUUUUUAAAAUUAAUAAUUUCUAAAAGUUUGGCUAUACAAACUAUAAAUCUAUUUGGUAGUGAUUUUUACACAUAAAUUUAUAUUCCGUGUCAAAAAUACUUAAAUCAGUUGACUUAUACUUCUUAUUAAUCCAAUUUUUUUUUCAUAUUGUAAUUUGAGAUCAUGAAUUCAUAUCAUAUAUUAAAAUGACAUUUCUCAAUGG